GUCCUCCGCCCUUAAGUUUCUGUCAGUGUCAGUCUCCAGCCCAGGGCCCAGGGCCUAUAGGUUAAACCGCUUUAGCUGUCCAGUUCUCCUGGGAAGAGAGUGAGGAUUUCCGGUGGCAGGUUCAAGGCUGCGUACCCAAGGCUAGGGGCUCGGAGAAAGGGGUUAGAGGCUGGCGCUGGGUUGGGGGGCCAGACGCUGGGGUUAGAGGGCCGCAGCUGAGAGUGUGAGAGCUGAGAGGCUGGGGCUGCAGGGAUGGAGUUGCUGGAGGUCUUCAGGGUGAGGUUGGGAGGUGAGGGGAGGAAGAGACUGGGCGAUUGGGAAGGGACAGAAAAGUAGGGAUGGGGGAGGAGGUACGUGCUGAGAGGUGACAGCCCGGCAGUACCGGGCAGACUGGGGGCCCUAGAGCUAAGGCUGGUAGCCAGCCUGGAAGAGAGGGGAUGGAUCGGGAACCAGGAAAAGUAAGGAAAUGCUGCUCGAAAAGGCAGAGUGUGGGAGAGACCUGCCCGGUACACAGCGGCGUGGACCCCCAGAAGACCAGGACCGGAGCAAUGAUUGCGGCGUUCGCUCUCCGCGCGCCUCCAGCCUCCCCGUGCGUCGCAUGCUGGCACCCCCGCCCACCGCGCCAGCUGCAGGUCAGACUCUUCAUCCUCGGUCAGCUCCGCACUGGCCACCUUAGCUGCGGAGCCCAGGGACUCCCGAGCCGCAAACACAUUGGGGAACUUGCUCCUCCAAGGGAAGGCUGGGCCGGAAAUUGGACCCUGCGCGCAGCCCAGAGGAGCGAAAACUUGUGGAAAUCGGACCUUGCCCUCGGAGUCCUGAGUCAAGGACACGAGUCCCCAAGCGGCACGGAAAACAGGUGGCAUUCAGCAAAUACGUCACGGCGACGACGGAUGCGGCCCUCCUCUUGGGGCGGCCACAAGGUGGAGCUACAGUGCAACCCUGCACCGCGCGCCCGGCCUCCGGACGCCCCCGAGGUGGCUGCUCUCCUGCGGGCCUCCCGCGAGCCUCCCGCGAGUCCUUCAUUGCCGCAGGUGAUUCUCCUCCCACCUCCAACCCACCUCCUCCCAUCUUCCCAUGAUGGCCCCUCAAGGUCGUGUCCCAUCCAACCGUAGAUGGAAGGUGCCUCCUUUCCCCAGCCCCUGGGCCGAAAAGAUUAGGCUGUGACCAAAUGGAGAUUACAUUCGUUGAGUAACAGAU